CGCGCCUUCUCAAACUUUCUAGAACCCCCACCUUCCUUCUUCCCUCCGCUCCCACCGCUUCAUUCCAAUUUCUAAACCUUUUUAAGCUCUCCCAUGGGGUCUGUCAAGCUCAUAGCUCAUAGCAAAACAAUACAAGUAGAACAAGCACAGAACUGUCAAGCUCCGCAGGCUGCAGCUCGUCCCCAAUGGCGUCUGCUUCUCUUGCGUCUUCUCUCUUGUGCAGCAGCAGUGCUUCUACCAGUAGAAGCGCAGCCAUGCCAAGAGUAAUCAGGAUCCCAAUUUUCUCCAAGAACCAGUACAGACCGCCUCUUCGGCCUCUUAGGAGAGUAGUUAGGCGAUCAUUGCAGCAGGAGCAAGAGCAGAGGGCGUCCCCCGUCUCCGUGGCCUCCGGCGAGCAACAGGAGGAGGCGACGGCGUCGCAUCAUGUCGGAGGGGUGGACGAGGCCAAGGCGUCGGGUCAUGUUGGAGAGGCAGACAAGGGAGGCCAAGGAGAAGGCGACGGUGAGGAGAAGAGGAGCACCGACGAGCAGCAGGAGGUGGACUGGAAGUCAGACGAGGAGUUCAAGAAGUUCAUGGGCAAUCCCUCCAUCGAGGCCGCCAUCAAGUUGGAGAAGAAGCGCGCCGACAGGAAGCUCCGCGAGCUGGACCGCGAGCCCGACGCCAACCCCGUCGCCGGCCUGUUCCGGGGCUUGGCAAAGGACCAGCUGGCCCGGGAGAAGCAGAGGCUGGAGCUGGCGGAGCAGACCUUCAAGGCACUCGACCUCAACAAGCUAAAGAGCUGUUUCGGGUACGACACGUUCUUCACGGUGGACGUCCGGAGGUUCGGCGACGGCGGGAUCUUCAUCGGGAACCUGCGUAAGCCCGUGGAGGAGGUGCGGCCGAAGCUGGAGAAGAAGAUCUCCGAGGCGGCCGGAACAGAGGUCACCCUGUGGUUCAUGGAGGAGAAGAAGGACGACAUCACAAAGCAGGUCUGUAUGGUUCAGCCCAAGGCAGAGAUCGACCUCCAGCUCGAGAUCACCAAGCUGAGCACGCCGUGGGGAUACCUCAGCGCCGUGGCGUUGGCGGUCACGACCUUCGGGACGAUCGCGCUCAUGAGCGGCUUCUUCCUCAAGCCCGGCGCAACGUUCGACGACUACGUCUCUGACGUGCUUCCUCUGUUCGGCGGCUUCCUCACCAUACUCGGCGUCUCUGAGAUCGCGACGAGGCUGACGGCGGCGAAGUACGGUGUGAAGCUGAGCCCGUCGUUCCUCGUGCCGUCCAACUGGACGGGGUGCCUCGGCGUGAUGAACAACUACGAGUCGUUGCUGCCCAACAAGAAGGCCCUGUUCGACAUACCGGUCGCGCGCGCGGCCAGCGCGUACAUCACGUCAGUGGUGCUGGCCGUCUCGGCGUUCAUCGCCGACGGCAGCUUCAACGGCGGCGAGAACGCCCUGUUCGUGCGGCCGGAGUUCUUCUACAACAACCCGCUGCUGUCGUUCGUGCAGCUGGUGAUCGGCCCCUACGCCGACGAGCUCGGGAACGUGCUCCCGAACGCGGUGGAGGGCGUGGGCGUGCCCGUGGACCCGCUGGCGUUCGCGGGGCUCCUGGGCAUCGUGGUGACGUCGCUGAACCUGCUCCCGAUCGGGCGGCUGGAGGGCGGGCGGAUCGCGCAGGCGCUGUUCGGGCGCGGCACGGCGGCGCUGCUGUCGUUCGGCACCUCCGUCCUGCUGGGCGCGGGCGCCAUCAGCGGCAGCGUGCUGUGCCUGGCGUGGGGCCUCUUCGCCACCUUCAUCCGCGGCGGGGAGGAGAUCCCGGCGCAGGACGAGAUCACGCCGCUCGGCAACGACCGCUUCGCGUGGGGGUUCGUGCUCGCCCUGGUCUGCCUCCUCACGCUCUUCCCCAACGGCGGCGGCACCUACUCUGCCUCCUUCCUCGGCGACCCGUUCUUCAGAGGCGGCAUCUGAAUUCAUCUCCUUCCGUGCAGUCUGCAGUGUGCGUGUAUUUAUAAAUUUAUUAGUACGCGCUCCACUAGGCUAAUAGCCACUCUACUAACCACUCACCACUCCGCAGUUUCCACGGUUAAAAUCUUUCUUGCGAGGUAGGAGUAGAUCUCUUCACGUAUUGUGUAAUAAGGAGCAUUAUAUAAAUAAAUAGUUAGCUGGUUUGGCACAUCUCAA